AUGAAGUCAUCUGAUCCUUUUCCCAGGUCUGGGGCUAAUGAUGAUUUCCAUAUGAAUAUGAUUCGAGGAUUGUGUUUGGGAGAUAGGAAGUCAUGGCCGUGGUAUGGUCCUGAUCCAGAUUGGGAUAAGGAAUAUAUGAAAGCAGGAGGUGAAAAUUGGUUGCUGAUAGCCCCUCAUUGGUUUCCUUGUAGUGUAACAGGAAAGGUUUUAAAGGGAGCUAAGAAACACCUGGCUAAGAGAAAGGGAACUGUUGACAGUAAUACUAUUUGCUUUUCUAUAGAAGCCCCUCCAGAGAAUCUAUAUCCACCACCAACUACCCAGUCAGUCCCCGGCCAUGCCCAACCACAACCCCCACCUCCCUAUAAAGCAAUGUAUCCUGCUGUACCUAAUGCCCCCUCAGAGGAUGAUAUAGAAGAUAUUUCUGUUGCUGCAGCUGUUAAUUCACAAUCACAGCAAUUACAGGAAUCAUCAUCUACACCAGAUUCUGAUAUAGAAUACCCACCGCCACCUCCUUGUACAAUUAAAUUAACAGUACAAACAGGAGUUAAACUUAAAAGUGGCAAAGUGUUAAAAUCAUAUGUACAUAAGCAGGGUGAUGAUGAUGAUGAUGUAGAGAUGCCAGAAUUAGAAGGUGCUGAUCUUACUGCCCCGUUUAUGACUGUUGGUAAUCAGUUAAUAAUGAAACCCAUUAAUCCCGGAGAACUCAAGGACAUUAUUCAAGGUGCCCCAAACCCCCGUACUAAUCCCUCUGCAUGCCUAAUGUAUCUGAAAAGAAUGUGUUUAGGACAGAACAUGACACAGAUAGACAUACAGUUAAUUAUAAAUGGAAUAUUAGGGUAUGAUUCAGAUUCUGGUUGGAAUUGGUCUAAUGUACCCUCUAUCAGUGAGACAGACAACGGUACUGGAGUUGGAGUGGCUGGCAGUGAUGGUGUUUAUGAGUUUAGUACUUCAGCAGGAUGUGCUAAAAUGUGGGAUGAGGUGGAAGCUGAAAUGUUGAGAUUAUGGAAGAAUAAGCAGUCUAUAUCCACUGCUUUGGCAUGUAAGCAAGGUGCAAAGGAAGAGAUUGGUGUUUUUGUAAAGAGAUUUUACAAGUGUUGGAAGGAUGAGGCAGGUUUGAAGUCUGGAGAUGAUAUGGAUCUCCUUAAAAUACAGUCAUGCCUUGGUAAUAUGUUGCCACAGUAUUCUUUGCUUGUGAAACAGUUGAUUUCAGACUGGGCCAAGUUGGGUGGCUCAGAUUUUCUUACCAAGGUUAUUGAGAAGGAAAAUGCAGGUUGUUUUGAUUUAAGAAAGGAUUCAGGAAGUAAGGUUGCUUAUUAUGCUCAGGGAUUGCAACACUGUCCACCUACACAGGCCCGAGAGAGAGGAUGGGAUGGAGCACAUAGAGCCUGUGGAAGGGGUGGUCAAAGAGGGGCAAGGGGAUGGAGACAGGGAAAUCAUGGUUAUAGGGGCAGGGGUAACCAAGGAGGAAUAG